AUGCCAAAGCCAAAGAACAAGAACGGGGGGCAAAUCGCUCCUCCAGAGUCAGUGGCUGAAGAUAAUGAUGCCGGCCAUUUACAAGACCUGGUUUCAAGAUUGUUCUUGAACCCUCAAUACAGUGAUCUAACGAUCGUUUGUGGGGACAUAGUCUUUACUGCCCAUAGAAAUAUUGUAUGCUUGCAGUCUAAAUUCUUUCAACGGGCCUGUGAUGGGAAUUUCAAAGAAAAUAAAGGGAGGAUUGAACUCGUCGACCAAAAAGCCAUUUUAGUCGAGAAAAUGCUGCAGUUUCUCUAUACAGGCGACUACACCUUCGAGGAGCCUGAGCCUCCACCUACUGCUGUACUAGAUACUAGUUUGCGAACUAGUGGAAGAAAUAGGGACAGCCAUGUUGCAAUAAUACAUGCUCAAAUGUAUGCCCAAGGAGAGUACUUCCUGAUUGAUCGUCUUCAAGUUAAGGCGAAGCAAUAUUUUGCUGCAUCAUUUAUUGGGAACCAGAACUCAGACUCCUUUGCCUCCACUAUUGUAGAGGUGUACACUUCAACAGCUAGCUUUAACCGAGGACUUAGAGAUGUUGUGGUUAGGCUCGUGAAGGACAACCUGACAACCCUAAGAGGUUCCGUGUUUCCUAUUCUUGACAACAGUCUUCUCACACGUGUUCCAGAAUUCGCGCAGGAUCUUUGCGUUUCUCUCUUGGAUCAAAAUAUUAGCCGUACAAUGCGACCACGGAGUCUUUUUGACUGA